AUGCUCCUAGCAUUGGGUGCUAUCGUUGUGGGAGGAUUGGUUGUAGUAUCAAAGUAUUAUCUACGAUUAUUUGAUUGGUUGGAUUUUUCGUUCAUAUUUAAACAAAAGAAUAUUAUUGAGAAAUUUCCUAAUGAUACAUUUAAAACCAAAUCAGAUGUUACAAAUUUGGAAAUGACCUUGUUUUGGUAUCCAGUGGCACUUUCAAAAGAUGUUUCCAUCACUGAUUCUAAACCAAAAACAAUCAAGCUAUUUGGAGAACCACUUGCAUUGUAUAGAACUAGUGAUGGCAAUAUUACUUGUGUGAAAGAUUUAUGCCCUCACAGAUCUGCCAAACUUUCUACAGGACAAGUUACAGAAUUCGAAGGGAAAAGAUCCUUGGAAUGUGCUUAUCAUGGUUGGAGGUUUGAAAAAGAAGGACAAUGUGUUAGAAUUCCAUCAGUUUCGUCUGAAAGAAUGAAAGGAUUGUGCUCUACCAUCAAGUGCCAAGCAAAACAAGUUCAUGAAUGUUGUGGACUAAUUUGGGUAUUUCCCAAUGAUAAGGUUAAGGCAGAUAUUAAUCAAAUACCUUUGGAAUUAUUUAGAGAAGAAUUUUUAACUGAUGAUUCUUCAAAACUAGAAGUGUUAAUAGAAAACACAAGAGACCUACCUUGUCAUUACUCGUUUGUAUUGGAGAAUUUGCUUGACCCUGCUCAUUUGGAUUUUACACAUGAUGGAACUAUUGGAAAGAGAAGUCAAGCCACACAGAUUCAAAGCCAACUCGUAAUAUCUAAAGAUAUCCCAUCAGACAAUCCAUCGAGAAGACUCAUUCCAAAAGAAAUGCAAUACGAUCAAAGUAUUCAUCAAGAUUCUUUCACUUAUCGAUUCACAAAACCAGAAUUCAAGAAAAUUCCAGGUCUGAAAUCAGAAUUUAUGGUUCAGUUAUCAUUCAUUCCACCUUGCUUUGUAAGAAUGGACACCACUGACUAUAUUGCAAAUGAAAGAUCAGGUCCAAGAAUGUCACAAGUAUUUUGCUUAAUUCCAACAGGAGAAGGUGAAGUUAAAGUAAUAUUCAAGUUCUAUUCCUCCCUCUCCAUAUUGAAUUUUCUGAACAAGAUUCCUUUCAUACGAAACAAAUUUGCUAAAACAGUUGAUAUGAUAUUUGAUCAGGAUUUAGAACUACUGGCAGGAGUUUAUGAAAAUGUUAAUAAUGGAGUUAAAGUAUUCAGUAAAAUUGUAAACGCUGAUGCACCAAUCAAAGGAUACAGAGAAUGGGAAGCUAAAAUGCUAAAUGUCAAUAAGAAGGGAAUAUUUUUCAAAGGAUGGGAAAAUGUGGACAUUGAGGAUUUGUUUUAA